AUGCAGAUGUGCGGUGCGAGGGUGAUGCCCGCCGGAUGCCAUGUGCGAGGUGGAGCCCGGCCGUUGAAGGUUGAGGAGUCGACUCCUCCUCUGAGCCGCAUCUUGGACCCCGUCCGUAGAACGUCGGUGGAAGGAAUGGAGACAUCUGAUGGCGGUUACACAGGAUGGGUUCAGAUCCCGUCCGUCCACCUUUUGGAGGCUGAGAAAGGCAGCGGCGCCGCAGUGGCCGUGUCGCCGCGUGUCCACAGGUAG